GAAUGCUAUGUGUUCAUACACGGAGCUCUUCAAAGUAGGAACUUCACCCUAUAAAGCAGAAGAGCGGUGGUUUUCUUUUCUUCUUCUUCUUUUGUGGUUUCACAUAGCAAAUGAGUUAGUCUCUACUUAUAGACAAAGUGAGACGUCAGGCACUGAGGCGUGAGUGUGGCUUAUAUUUCUGGUCCUCCCCUCCUUCACUGCUUUCAUUUUACUCUUAUCGCGUGUUCCAGAAAGUUUGCCCGCUGGGAGAAUCUUUUUGACCACUUCCCAUGAGUUGUCAGAUAGCUCCAUAGAAUUCAGUUUCUGAGAACCAGCCAGAAGCAUACAGUGACAUUGCAUAAUCUGCCUCUGAAGCGGAGAUAUUAGCUGUAGAGCUCAGGGGAGCUGCUCCACAUCACCGACAUGAAGGGAACAGGCGUCGUGGACGCUGUGCCCAAGGCACUCCUGGCCAGGGCACUUUAUGACAACUGCCCUGACUGCUCCGACGAGCUGGCUUUCAACAGAGGGGACAUCCUGACCAUUCUGGAGCAACAGGUGCCAGAAAGCGAGGGCUGGUGGAAGUGUUUGCUCCACGGGAGGCAAGGCCUGGCCCCUGCCAACCGCCUCCAAAUCCUCACGGAGGUUGCUGCGGACAGGCUACGCCCCCCAUUCCUGAGAGGCCUGGAAGAAGCUCCUGCCAGCUCAGAGGAGACCUAUCAGGUGCCCACUCUACCCCACCCUCCCACUCCAGGCCCUGUUUAUGAGCAGAUGAGGAGUUGGGUGGAGGGGCCCCAGCCCCCCACUGCCCAAGUCUACGAAUUCCCUGACCCUCCCACCAGCGCCAGAAUCAUCUGUGAAAAGACUCUCAGCUUUCCAAAACAGGCCAUCCUCACACUUCCCAGACCUGCCCGAGCCUCGCUGCCUACUCUGCCUUCCCAGGUAUAUGAUGUGCCUACCCAGCACUGGGGCCCCGGGGCCCUGAAGGAGCCAGAGAAGCGGCAGUUAUAUGACAUACCAGCCAGCCCCAAGAAGGCAGGACUCCAUCCCCCCACCGGCCAAGCAAGUGCUCAGGGUGUUCCCCAGUUAUCACCGACUACCUUAAGAAGAGGUGGCUACAGCACAUUACCAAAUCCUCAGAAAUCAGAAUGGAUUUAUGACACUCCAGGAAAGACCAGCAUCAGAAACAUGUCUCUCACCAGCUUUGCGGAAGAAUCAGGGCCCCACAUUGUCCCCAGUUCCAGCUCUACUUUCCAUAAUCCUCCUAGUGGCAGAGCCAGGUCCCUCACUCCACAACUGAACAACAGGGUGCUUAUGCAGAAAAAACUCAGUGUUCCAGAAAUUCCUUCCUAUGGCUUUCUCGCACCCAGAGACACAUUUCCUUUGGAUACAGAUGUCAGCUACAAGGUUCCUUCAAGCUUUCUGAUGCCCCGAGUGGAACAGCAGAACACCAAGCCCAACAUUUAUGACAUCCCUAAAGCAAUGUCCAGUGUGUUUCCGGCUGGGAAGGAACUGACGAAAAUAAAUGAGGUGUCAGAGAAUUCCACAGGCCAUGAUUCCUCAUGGUUCUCCAGGCGGACAACUUCCCUAUCUCCAGAACCCAAGAGAUUAUCAGUUUCCAGUUCUGACAGCAGAGCUAGCGUCGUUUCUUCAUGCUCCACCACAUCCACUGACUCCUCCUCCAGCUCCUCCUCAGAGGAGUCAGCAAAGGAGCUCUUCUUGGACCUGGACGUGGCCAAGGAGACAGUGAUGGCUCUGCAGCACAAGGUGGUCAGCUCUGUCGCUGGCCUGAUGCUCUUUGUCAGUAGGAAGUGGAGAUUCCGAGACUAUCUGGAGGCCAAUAUUGAUGCAAUCCACAGGGCCACUGAUCACAUAGAAGAAUCUGUAAGAGAAUUUCUGGAUUUUGCCCAAGGAGUCCAUGGGACUGCCUGUAACCUCACUGGCAGUCACCUUCAGAACAGAAUUCGUGACCAGAUGCAGACAAUCUCCAACUCCUACCGCAUCCUGCUUGAAACAAAGGAAAGCUUGGACAAUCGCCAUUGGCCUCUGGAAGUUCUUGUGACUGACAAUGUCCAGAACAGCCCAGAUGACCUUGAGAGGUUUGUCAUGGUGGCACGGAUGCUUCCAGAAGACAUCAAGAGGUUUGCCUCCAUUGUCAUUGCCAAUGGAAGGCUCCUUUUUAAGCAGAACGAUGAGACUGUUCAAUUGACCCCAAAUGCAGAAUUUAAGUGUAAAAAAUGUAUCCAACCUCCCCAAAGAGAAACUGAAUCAUACCAAAACAGUACCCUUUCCACUAAGCAAAGGGAAGAUGAACACUCUUCUGAACUAUUAAAGAAAAAUAGAGCAAAUAUCUGUGGACAGACUUUGCCUAACUUAGAAGAGAAAGAGAAACCUAUCUUGGAACAAAGGUCAGAUGAAAGCAAAGACUUGGGAGUCACGAAUCCUGGCUCUCUUCUACCCCAGACUUUGAGUCAACAGACUCCUGAGAAGAAACCCCACCUGUCUGAACACUGCCGGCUCUACUUUGGGGCGCUCUUCAAAGCCAUCAGCGCAUUUCUCAGCAGCCUCGGCAGCAGCCAGCCCCCAGAUAUCCUGAUCACUCAGAGCAAGCUGGUCAUCAUGGUGGGACAGAAGCUGGUGGACACGCUGUGCAAGGAAACUCAGGAGAGAGACGUGCGCAAUGAGAUCCUCCACAGCAGCAGUCACCUCUGCAGCCUGCUCAAGGAUGUAGCGCUGGCCACUAAGAAUGCGGUGCUCCAGUACCCCAGCCCUGCAGCACUGGGGCACCUCCAGGCGGAGGCCGAGAAGCUGGAGCAACACACGCGGCAGUUCAGAGGAACAUUGGGAUGAGGACAUUCUACCUCCCUUCCUCCUCUGUAGCGUCACACCCACAGCUGUGCAACUCUGUUCUAUGGGAAAAGCCAGCCAGGACAGACACUGAUGAGCUGAAACAGACCGGGUGCCCAAAGCUGGUAGGACCAAGUGCCUAAGCAACCCCAGGGCAUUGACUGACCCCACAGGGGGUCAGGAAAGAGAGUCAGGAAUGAGGUAAAGACCUUGUGAGGUUUAGCACAUGUGGAGUAUGCAGUAUUAGCUUGAAGUGACAUUGUGGAAAUAAUAUUUUAUAUUGAUUAAAUGUGUGCAUUAUUUUGUUUGUUUUGAGAUGGAGUCAUGCUCUAUAAUACAGGCUGGAGUGCAGUGGCCCGAUCUCGGCUCACUGCAACCUCCACCUUCUGGGUUGAAGCAAUUCUCCUGUCUCAGCCUCCCAAGUAGCUGGGACUACAGGUGUGUGACCCCACACCCAGCUAAUUUUUGUAUUUUUUUUAAAUGAAAAGUCUCACACAUUUAUUAUUGAACCCAGCCAACCAAUGUGUUCAUACCAGACUCAGAAAAAAUAUAUUCCCAAUAAAACAUGUCUAACUCUCCAGGUAGUGGUGAUAUUUUCAGCUUGAUAUGGUAACAUGAUCGUGACCCUCAACCAGCAUAAACCUGUGUGCCAUCUCAUGUGCAAUUCCUAUAGGCCCAGCUGGGUUCUUCUCCAAUGUCUCCUUUUGGAGUUGUACCUGAUUUUAUGACCAGUUUUCAUCUGAAUCCACUGGGGAGUAGGGCAAUUUUACUUUGUUUCUUGGUCAGGAAUCAUUUAAUCCUGAAAGUCUUGGUAAGAAGACAUGGUGAGAAGUGAAGUCAAACACACACCAUGAUGGCAGAGAAAGGAAGAGCUAAUUUUUAUAUUUUUAAUAGAGAUGGAGUUUCACCAUGUUAGCCAGGCUGGUCUGGAACUCGUGACCUCAGGUGAUCCACCCGCCUCAGCCUCCCAAAGUGCUGGGAUUAUAGGCGUGAGCCACCAUGCCCGACGUGUGUGUGUUUUAAAUUCACUCAUUUAACCUUAUUUAUUGGAUGCCCACUACGUGCCAAGUUCCAGGUGCUAGAGACAUAGCAGUGUAUCAGAGGCCUUGCCCUCUUGGAACUUACAAUCUAGUGGGAGUCAGACAGUAAAGUGCAGAAGAAACACAUACAUAGUAUAGGAGGUAUCAGGAAAAAAGUAAGUAGGGGAAGCACAAGAGAACUUAUUUUCAAAUGGUUAAUUUUUGUUGCAUCCAUUAGAAAAUACAGUAAGUUUUUUUGUUGUUGUUUUGAAUUGAAUUAAUUCUGUGAGAUUGGUACAAAUUAUGUAUGUGUCUUGUACCCAUAAAUAUAUAUUUUUGCUAUGUUACUUUAACCUAGUUAAAGAUAUAUAUAUUUGCAACAUAACGUGAUCUGUUGGGUUCUCUAUUAAUUUAUUUCAUAUAGUACAGAUUCUGUAUUGAUAAAUUCUACUGCUCAAUUUGAAAAAUUUUAUAUUUUGUCUCAAAUCUGUUACAAUUUAUGUUGGUUGGUGCAAAAGCAAUUGUGGUUUUGGCCAUGGAAAGUAAUGGCCAAAACUGCGAUUGCUUUUGAACCACCCUAAUACUAUUAAAUAUAAUCAUGACUUUAAA